AUGGUGCUAUCAGAAAAAGUGAACCAGCUGAUGGAAUGGGCUAGUAAAAGAUCCGUUAUUCGAAUGAAUGGAGACAAAUUUCGACGCCUUGUGAAGGCACCACCCAGAAAUUACUCGGUGAUUGUGAUGUUCACUGCUCUUCAGCCUCACAGACAGUGUGUUGUGUGCAAGCAAGCUGAUGAGGAAUACCAGAUUCUGGCAAACUCCUGGCGAUAUUCCAGCGCGUUUACCAAUAAAAUCUUUUUUGCUAUGGUGGAUUUUGAUGAAGGCUCAGAUGUAUUUCAGAUG